CUAACAUAACCCGUAUUCUCUCCCCAUCCGAUAACGACCGGAUCUCCGUCCCCCUCCGUUGAUCCAUCCUCAUCCUGAUCCUCAUCCUCACCACUCCCUCCUUUUCAACUUUAUUUCUAUCACUCUACUACUAUCUAGGUAUCCCCAAGUCAACCAUGUCCCGAAUACCCAUCCACAUCCGCCCCGCCCUCGAAAGCGACGCCCCCGCCCUAGGCGCCCUCCAUGCCCUCGCCUUCACCAACAGCGCCUUUCUCGCGCACGCCUUCCCCGGCUCCACCCUGGCAUCCCGCACGGCAUACCUGCACCAGCGCGCGCUGCAGGCCCUCGCGGAUCCGAAUAUCACGACGCUUGUCGCUACGGCUUUCUCCAGUUCUACAGAUCAAUAUUCAGAUAAAGAUACAAAUAACGUCUCGGAGGGGGAGAUUCUCGCUCUUGUUCGCUGGAUGGGUCUUUCUGGUUCUGUUUCUGGGUCUGGGAGUGAGAAAGAGACAUCAACUUCCAGCCCUAAUUCCAACACCAACACCAAGAUAAAUCCAUCCCCCGCAACAGCAGCCCUCCUCGCAACCCCACCCCCAGCGGUAUCAUCCAUGCCCCGCAACGAAGCUGUGAUUACGUCUUUCGCGAAUGCCAUGAAACCCGGGCGGGAGAAAUGGGUCGGGGAGGGAGAUAUAGUCCUCGACCUCCUCUGCACGCAUCCCGCCCACCAAGGCCACGGCAUCGGGACGACGAUGCUGCGGUGGGGAAUGGAGAGGGCGGAUGCCGCCGGACGGGGGAUAUAUCUGGAGGCGUCGCGGGAGGGGAGGGGGCUGUAUGAGCGGUUGGGGUGGGGUGUUGUGGGGGAGGUGGAGGUGGGUUUUGGCGAUAUGGAUGUGGAUAUAGAUACCACAGGAAGGGAGAGGGAGAGGGAGAGGGAGAGGGUUUGUUUGAUGAGGAGGGAGCCGGUCCGGUUAUAAGUGAUGAGUGAUGAGGGAGCCGGUAUUGUUCAUCUGUAGUCUUCCAUUUCUUGGUUCCAGUCGAUUGAAGUUGGUGGGGAGUAGGGUAUUGUAAUUAGGAAGUGGGUUGUUCCAGAUAUCUCGUUCUUUAUCUGUUCUCCUUUUCCAAUUCUGGGUGUUGUUUGAUGGCUUGUAUUCCGCUCCAGAGAUAGAUCCGGUAUGUACCCAAAAUGUCAAAGGCAGC